GUGACAUUUAGAAUUUGAUUGUUUUCUUUUUUUUCUGUGUCCUUUCCAAGACCUUUGAAGAAACAAUUUAAUUUUAUCGAAUUUAAUUAACUGUGAUUAAUUUUUUUCUUCACUUUGUAUCUAAAUUAAAGGAUAGAGAUGAUCGCCUCUCGAGUCUUAAGAUCCAUUCGGUUAGGAACAAGUUCUAGAUUUAGUUCUACAAUUGCUGGACGUUUGGAAAAGCCACCACUUCGAGGUCAACAUCGUUAUUCCAUGCAAAAUGCUUUCUUAGCGGCUCUUACCAUCUCUCUUGGCAGUGGAUUUUUAUUGAAUACCUUUUUCUGGUUACCAAGGAAGAAGAGGAUGAAUGAAUUUUUCGCAAAUUAUGAUGAUGCAAAAAGAGCCAAGGAAUUAAUUGAAGGAGGAAUCCUUGAUUUAGUUGUCGAUGAUUUGGAUUAAACGAAAUCAACAUGUAAUUACUCUAGUGAAUGUUAAUCAUGUUACGAUUUUCUUUCAACAUCUUUAAUCCCAAUUUUCUUCAGAUUUAAACAUCUUAAAAACAACAAAAGUAGAAAGUUAUAAUUAUUAAUUAACAUUUAUGUUAACCGAAAUAUAUAAAAAUCAACCAGUGAAUAUUAGGAUCAAUUGUUGCUUUUUAUUGUUACGGUUUUCAUUGUUAAUCCUAUUUGGAUAUUGUGAAUCCGGUGUAUAAGAAAUAAAUUGUAAUCAAAAUGAGUUAAUGAUUGAAAAUGAA